ACUAUCAGUUUUUUGUUACUUCUAUUCAAAAUCCAUGAAGUCCUUUCAAAAUUUCUUGUCUCCAUUAUAACAUUUUUUUUCAUUGUAGCUCUUCUAGUAGGCUCUUAACGACAACUAAUUCAGUGUAGCUGGGGCAGGGACUAAACUAUAUAUUCAGAGUUUCUAUUAUUUGUCAAAAGGAUCGAGAGAUCAUGACACUGGGCGAAGAUGAUCUUUUUAGCUGGUUGGACUUAUGGGGUGACUGGAACAUCGAAAUGGUAAUACUAGUGAGCCUUGCCUUGCAAAUCUUCCUCACUCUCUUCGGCAGCCGCAGAAAAUACAUUACUGGCUUUUGGAUAAGAUUCACACUAUGGUCAUCUUACUUGAUGUCCAAUAUAAUUGCAAAGGUUGUCAUAGGCAAGCUCACUGGCUUAGAUACUAAGGGCCUUCCUCACCGUGAACUGAAAGGGUUAUUGGCACCACUUCUCUUUGUGCAAAUUGGAAACCCAGAUAGCAUAACUGCUUACUCAAUAGAAGAUAAUCGUUUGGGAUUGAGGCAAUUACUUAGCCUACUCUUCCAAGUUGGUGUGGUAAUUUGGAUCCUUGUUCGCUUCUGGAAUAGUUCCUCUCAUUUCUCAUUUCUUUUCGUGCCAAUGUUUGUGGCCGGCGUAAUUAAGUAUGGAGAGACAGUAUGGGCUCUAAAGACAGCACUCACUGGUGAAUCUGGCAUAACCAUUUCAGAAAUUGAUCAAGAAGAAAAUGUUCCUGCUUUAUUACGACAAUUACCAGAGAGCGUUCCUGGUGUGGAAUUGAUCUUAAAGGCAUAUUAUCGGUUUAGCUGCUUGAAGCCUCAUCUUGAGAAUUGGCUCUACAAGCCCUUAUAUGAGUCUCUUCAAUGGAUGUCCGUUGAUGCAUAUUCAGCUGAGGAUAUCUUCAGAAUUACAGAUUCUGAACUUGGCUUCAUGUAUGAUGUGCUCUAUACGAAGGCGCCUAUUAUAUACACAUGGCAAGGCUGUAUUCUUCGUAUCAUCAGUUUCCUAAGUUUAGUUUCAGCAUUAUGUGUAUUUGCAAUAUUUUCUAACACAGCCUCCGAUAAAAUUUCACGUAAAGAUCUUGUAUUUACCUAUCUGAUGCUGAUUGGAGCAAUUAUACUGGAGCUUUAUCAGAUCAUACUACUACCUUUCACAGAGUGGGCAAUUCUCAAAAUGAUGAGGUACCAUAACAUGCCUCUGGUGAUGAAAUGCUUGCGAGCUCUUGGCCCAAAGUCAAGUAAGUGGAAAAGAUGGUCCAAUUCGAUGGGACAAUUCAAUCUGUUGAGCUUUUGCCUUCACGACAAGCAGUUGAAAUAUAGUAGGAUCAUCAAGUUUCGUGGCAUCGACAUGGAGCUCAGAAAGACCGCGAAUAGGACACGCGUGGAAUUCCCUAAAGAAUUGAAAGAACUGAUUGUGCAUGAAAUGAAAGAGGUGGACACUGCAAGAAAUUCAAAGCCUAUCACACACAGAGGUCAAUGGGCUCUUGAAAGGUAUGGAUGCCUCAACAAUGAAUUCCAAUGGAGUGUCAAGAGAGAUUUCGAUAAGAGCAUUAUGAUAUGGCACAUUGCAACAAGCAUUUGCUAUCAUUCAGAUGUUCAAAAUAGCAAUGCAAACUCUCAAAUUGAAAUGGGUAAGUUGUUGUCAAACUACAUGAUGUAUGUUCUAGCAAUGCGCCCUCACAUGUUUUGCACCACCACAGCAAAUAUCAUAUUCCAACAUACCUACACUAAACUCAUGAUACUUUUAAGAACUAGACCAUCCUUAGUAAAAGAUGAAGGAGAAGCCUGUAAGAUUUUUAGGAUGGAAGAACUUCCCAAAGAAUCAGACUCGGAUAAAGAAAAGGAAACCAUGGUCACAUCUGAUUGGCAUGUGCUAAAAGAUUCACAAAGACUCGCCUUGAGUUUGAUGAGCAGGGAGAACAAAUGGAACAUCAUAUGCAGCGUGUGGGUGGAGAUGUUGUGCUAUGCAGCAAGUAACUGUCCAGUGGAUUACCAUGCUGAACAACUAAGGCGAGGUGGAGGUCUGAUAACUCAUGUUUGGCUUCUCCUAGCUCACAAAACAGAUAAGUUCUAUACGAGUGAUUAACUAUUUGUAUGCUGUAAUGGUAUUUUAGCAACCUAAUCUUGCACACACAAAUUGAAACCUUUGACUCAAUUGGCUCCAAUAAAAUCCUAUCAAAAAUAGGAUAAGAAUAGCUUCUUUUGGGGCCACACCAAGCCAAUUGAGGAAGGAUUAAUGCUGAGGAUUUAUUGGAUUUUAUUUCUGGUUUUAUUUUUUAAUUUAAUGCAAUUGAUUAAAUUAUUUCUUUC